UGAAUCGGGUUGGAUUUUGAUUGUUGUACGAGAGAAGUUAAAACUAAACCCAUAGCUGAUUCCAAUAUCGAAUCAAACGCCCCCCUCAAAAAAUAGCAGUAGGUUUGGUUCGAUUUGACACAGAAGAAGAGGUUGGAGGUUUCGAAUUCGAAGGGGAAAAAUAGCCCAGGAAGUGCUUCUUUGAACUGAAUAAUUUUCUUCACGGACCGAGCUAAGAGAGAGAAAGACUAGCUAUGGAUGCUAAAAUGGAAGACGCCUCCGCCUCCGCCUCCGCCGCAGUAUCGACGUUAGAAGAUAUUGUAGUUUCUCCUGCAAUGGCGGCCGAAAGGGUAGAGAAAUCUCCGUAUGAUAUGCUAAAAGAGAGCAAGACUUGUGUGGAAGAAAUAGUGGCCAAGAUGCUUUCUCUCAAAAGAGAUGAUGAUGCAAAACCUGAACUUCGCGAGCUAGUCACUCAGAUGUUCCUCCACUUUGUCUCUCUCCGCCAGGCAAAUCGUAAUAUCUUGACUGAAGAAGAUCGUAUGAAAGCUGAGACUGAACGUGCGAAAGCACCUGUGGAUUCGACUACUUUGCAGCUUCAUAAUUUGAUGUAUGAGAAGAGCCACUACCUCAAAGCUAUAAAGGCAUGCAAAGACUUUAAAUCCAAGUAUCCUGAUAUUCAACUUGUUACUGAGGCUGAGUUUUUUAGUCAAGCUCCUGAAGAGUUCAAAGGAACUGCUGUAUCAAAUGAUACUGCUCACAACUUGAUGCUUAAGAGGCUUAAUUAUGAGCUUUUCCAGAGAAAAGAGCUUUGCAAGCUUCGUGAGUUGCUCGAACAGAAGAAGAAAAGUCUCCUGGAGACCAUUGCCAACAGAAAGAAGUUCUUGUCAAGUCUACCCUCGCAUCUCAAGGCUUUGAAGAAAGCAUCAUUGCCUGCACAAAAUCAACUAGGACUUUUACAUACAAAGAAACAAAAACAGCUACAUGCAGCAGAGUUGCUUCCGCUGCCAUUGUAUAUUAUUUACUCACAGUUCAUGGCUCAAAAGGAAGCUUUUGGGGAGCAUAUCGAGCUGGAAAUUAUUGGAAGCUUGAAAGAUGCUCAAGUCUUUAUCCGGCAGCAAACAUGUAAAGACACUGGCAUAUCAUCCAUGCAGGAGAAUUCGCGGAUUGAUGAUGAUGUAGUGGAUGAGGAAGAUGAUGGCCAAAGGAGGAGAAAACGGCCCAGAAAGGUGGCUGGCAAGGAAAAUAUUGAGACAGCUGGAAUAUAUCAACCUCAUCCGCUUAGAAUCAUUCUCCAUGUGUGUGACGACGAGGUUUCUGAUCCAAAGCCUCCCAGACUUGUUACUUUGAAGUUUGAGUAUCUGUAUAAGCUGAAUGUUGUAUGUGUGGGCGUUGAGGGUUCUGAUCAAGAGCCUGAAAAUAAUAUAAUUUGCAAUUUAUUCCCUGAUGACAAGGGCCUUGAACUACCUCAGCAGUCUGCUAAGCUUCUCUCGGGUAAUGGAGCAGAGUUCGACGAAACACGGACUAUGCGGCCAUAUAAGUGGGCCCAGCAUUUGGCAGGAAUUGAUAUUUUGCCGGAGGUGUCCCCCGCACUGACUAGUAAUGAAUCUUCUAAGUCUGAAUUUGGUAAAGAUGCUGUUAUCUCAGGACUUUCCCUCUAUCGGCAGCAAAAUCGAGUGCAGACGGUGGUGCAAAGAGUAAGGUUGAGGAAGAAGGCUCAGCUUGCACUUGUGGAACAGCUUGAUUCACUUACAAACCUUACAUGGCCCUAUCUGAACUGUCAAAGUGUUCCGUGGGCCACACAGGAACACCUGUGCUUUGUGCGCAGGUGGUUACCUGUAGGAUCCUCUCUUAACCAAGAUGCUUCUUUACCUAGAGCUGACAUUGAUCAAGACCGUGAUACUUUGGAUGUUAAUGAGACCGUAAGAGCUGGUUCCUCUAAGGAAGAGAUAGGGAUUGUAACAGAAGAUGGGGAGCUUCCAUCUUUGAUUCCUCCAGCAGGUGUGACUGAUGAUAUUUGUACUGCUGAUCUGAAUCAAGAAUCAGGUACCAAUCAUUUUAAAAGGAAGACACUUAUCUCAAAAAGUUUCACAAUUCCUGUCAAAACUACCAGAAGCCAUAGUUUUGGACACUAUGACGAUGAUACAGACCUCAUAUUGGAUAGUGAAAGUGAAGUAGAUGAGUCUGCGGAAACUGAAAGGGAAAACAAAUGUGCUGUUGUCGAGGGGAUAUCAUGGGUGGAUUAUGGAGUUAAAGACUUUAAUCUAAUGUUAACCAAUAAAAGAUAUGUGGAAGAGGGGAAUGUCGACCUUGAAGCAAAGAUUAGUAUAAGCUUGGAGUAUCCACUCAGGCCCCCUCUUUUCAGAUUGACUUUACACUCUCAAUCUCCUGGUGGAAACAGUUCAUCCGGUGAUCACGUAUGGUACAAUGAACUUCGUGCCAUGGAAGCUGAGGUCAAUCUUCACAUACUAAAGAUGUUACCUUCGGAUCAAGGAAACUGGAUCUUAUCUCAUCAAGUGCAUUGUCUUGCCAUGCUCUUUGACGUCUACCUAAACGAGGCUUCUCAACCCUUAGAAGGAAGAAAGGUUAGCAAUGCAAUUGAUAGCUUGUGCAAGCCUGUCAGUGCCCUCAAAGCCAGAUCUUUCAGGGGAAGGGAUCGUAGGAAAAUGAUACCGUGGAAGGAUAUGAAGUGCAAUCCUGGCUGUCCUUGAUUGAUUUUGUUUUUAGCUCUGCGUCUUGCAGUCUUUCAAUAGCAUUUCUGAUGUUUCAGUUAUCCUCGUCGAAUGAGCAUAGCAAUAGGGAUCUCAUUUAAAUUUGUGAAUCAACAAAUACAGCUGGAUGAUAUAUCUAUAUGCUUCUCUCUUCCCUA